CCCCUGGCUGGGUUGCCAUGGCUACAGAAGGAUGAGAAGGGAGAGGAAAGAGGAAGAUAAGGGGGGAGGGAGGGAUUACAUAUGCAGCCCUCUCGAAGCAAAGAACCAUUAUCAGUGCCCCGCCACUGAAAGUGGGGGGGUGGUCCCUGGGCUUUGCCCUGAACUGGAGGGAGGUGACGGGGAGAAGAGAUGGUACAGCUCCCUAGGUAGCCAGAGGGCCCCAGUUUGCCCUUGUGUCUCGCCCUAGGUGAUGUGGGCUCCAGGCUCUGACGAGGAGGCCCCUGGCCACCAGCUGAGUAUGGGGGCAAGCCUGGGCCUGGCCUCCAUGGGCUUCAUCCUGCUCCUGGCGGGCUCUAUUGACACCAAGUGGAUGGUCCUGGAGAAGGCGAACGGGGAGGAACCCAUGCUGAUCAGCCCUUGGCUGGUCUGCAUCAAGAAGAACUGCAGCAGAGAGUACACCACAGUGGAUUUAAGAGUGACCCAAACGCUCAUGGUCACAGCCCUAUGCCUCUCCCUCCUCCUGGCCCUCGGCCUGGUGCUGGCCUUCCUCCAGAUCAUUCCGUGGUUGGAACACCACCACCUCACGAUGGCCAUCCUCAGCUUCCUCACAGUUUUCUUCCUGCUCCUCGCACUGCUGAUAUUCAACAGACGUAUGAAGCGCGUGUACAGAAAAUCCAACAAGAUUACCAUCCUGUGGCCUUGUUACACCCUGUGGGUCUGCCUCGUCCUGUUCCUCAGCUCGGGGGUCGUGUGUUGUCUCAACUACCGGAGUUGCCGGUUUCGCGCCCAGAGGUCCUCCGCGGUGGCAGAAGGGGUCCAGAUCCAGCUAAGCAGAGAAGCUAGCGUCGCCACAGUGGGAAGCAGCUCCCAGAUAAGCCAGGGCCUGCUCUCCACGGCCUCGACCGCGGUCUCCACCGCCUCUUCCUCACUUCCGGUCCCCAGGUCCCAUAAGGCCUCCCGGAUGGUGCUCCAGUCUCCCUCUGGCCUCACCGCUCUGCCCUUCUGAAUGACCCAAUAAACUAUUAGGACCGGGGGCCUGACUACAGCCCAAAGGGCCUCUCCCUGGCCACCCCAGGGAGGGGCGGAGGGCUGGCCGGCGCGCGGGCCCUCCGAUCUCA